AUGCCAAAGCCUUUCCGCAUCCUCAUCUCUGGGGGUGGUGUUGCUGGUCCUAUUCUAGCCUACUGGCUCUCCCGCAUCGAUACGACUAGACAGAUUCACAUCACCAUGAUCGAACGCGCCUCCUCGGUCGCCACCUCAGACCAAAGGUUCGAAGUUCAAGGACUUCUUGCUUUCCUCGAGAAUUUGUUCCAUUACGCAAAGACCAUUAAGACAGAUCCCAGAGGUAUCGAUGCCAAAAUUCAACCACAAUGUGAUAAUGCUAUCCCCAGGGAAGGUGGUCCAUCAAACGAACCGCAAAGCCUGCCGGAAGAGCUGUGCGAUGUAUUGUCGGAGAUUAUCAAAGAGGAGAAAAAGGUGAAGGUACAGUAUGAACGCAAGGUUAUCAGGAUCGAGGAAGAGGUUGAUAGGUUGAUUGUCACGAUUCAGGAGAAGUGUGGAAGAAGUGUGGAAGAGGUUUAUGAUAUUGCCGUUGGUGCAGACGGAGUCCGGUCAAAAACUCGGGAGUUAAUGUUACAUCCAGCUGACUUGAAGGAAUGUAUCAAGCUGGCCGCUCCAAGCAUGUUUGCCGCUAUAUUAUUGAUCCCAGCCGAGUCCCAAGAUUCGUUACUUGCGAAUCGCUGGCGCUACGCCACCAAGGCGCGCUGUCUCUUCAUCCAGCAGAUCACGGAGACCGUGUCUAGUGUAUGGCUCAUCGCCGUCGGUCACCACCCAGAUCUAGCUCCUUUGCAGAGCAUCAGCAACGAUAGAGCCAAGCGCGAAGCAUGGGUCAGAGCCUUUUCCGACCUGGAUUACGGAGAGUUCCCACGAAUCCUUCACCACAUGAAGUCCACGAAAAGUUUCCAUACAGACCAAAUGACGCAAGUGAGGCUGCCAGCUUGGUACAACGGCCGUUGUGCGCUCGUUGGUGAUGCAGCUUUCAGUCCUUCGGUUGGAACUGCACAGAGUACGAGAAUGGCAGUCAUUGGGGCAUACGUUUUGGCUGGCGAGAUUGGGCUGAAUAUGGACGAUCCGCAGGAGGCGUUAUGGAGAUAUGAUGCCAAGUUCAGGAAGAUCGUGGAAGCUGAGCAGGAAACGUGGACUGAGCAGAUGCCGCUCGAGUGGCUGAACCCACAGACGACUUGGAGUAACUGGGCGCGGCAGACGAUUUUGUCCAUGGUUUCAAGCGAUCAUCCAAUAUCGAAACUUCCCGAGACUUUAGAGUCGGCGUUUGACCUACCGGAUUAUAAAUGGCGUCACUUUUGUGUAUGA